CAAUGAAAGUGUUUUGCUACUUAUAAAAUACUCGGACAAAAGGAUAAAGUCGUAAACAAUGGCUACCAAAGCAGCUACCUUUACUGCCAAAAUCAAGAAUCUCCAGGAAUCUUGUAAUCGAAUUAUUAACGGAGCCUUUCCGCAACCUUCUGCUACUGAUAUAACCUCUACUCUCAAAUUUUUCUCACAAAUCCUUCUCAGUGUACUCAAAGAUGCACCAAGUAUGCCUAUUGACGUGAUAUGCUCACCUGAAAAAGACCACAGUCGAACUACAAUGUUUCCAAGUUUAGAUUACAGAAGCCUUUACGCAACUUUGAUCCAGCUUUUGGAGCUUCUUCCUCACCUUCAGUCAGGGAUUCAAACGGUUGGCCAAACGUUAUUACACACUUUAAGCUGUUUGGUUCCCUUUUUGGAGCACGAAUAUAUGGAUACGUUGCCUUACAUAGUAGCCUCUUCGAUGGCUAUUUUACCCAGUGCCCUUCAUAAAGAUUUACUAGAUAUGUUAUGCUACAAUCUUCUGCCUUUCACUAUAAUGAAUCGAGAUGGAUUUGAUAAUCAGAACUUUACCAAUCUUUCAGUCUCGGCUAUCAUGAUGAAUGUCUUUUUCUACACUGAUUCACCAUCUUUUUACACUCAGUUGAUUGAAACCCUAAUGAAAUUAAAGAAAGAUGUAGUCAAAGAUUUAUUCUGUGUAAUUGCCCAUGGAACUGUGAAAGCUCGUUGUCCCGCAGUCGAAUUACUCUUCCAAUAUUGGCCAGAAUUGAAUCCAUCACCACUGGAUCGUAAAGUUCUUUCAGAGAAACAUGUAAUCUGGUCUCCCUUAUCAUGUCAGCAUGAAAAUUGUGCAUCUAGUCUAUCCAAUGAGGCAGUUAAAAUGUGCAUUGACCAUACAAUAGCCAUAGGGUCAGGAGAUCGAGCACCUCCAAUGUUGAUUUGCAUCGAAUGUGCAGAUCAAAUAUACAAAGGUCGCUCACGGUCGACUCUAGUUGACAUCUUGCUUCCCAUGGAGGAAAUAUCGUACACUUGUGUCAACAAAGCCUGUAAAUCCUCCAUAGCUCAAAAAAUUGCAGUUGCAACUUGUUUUUCACCCGAAUGUGUUAACUAUAAUUGUAAUAAACCUGUUCGCUACUGUUCUCUCUGUGAUUCAUCCAAACAUUCAUCUCCAGAAUCAAGUGAUCAUGUUGUCCAUCGAACAAUUCCCUCUCCAUGGAAAAUGGACUCGGAAACUCAAAGUUAUUUUAUCGAAGCCAUUGUCAAUCUUUUACGUGAAGCUCAACCAGUAACCGAGAAACUAGGAAAGGAAACAAGCACAACCAUCCAGUCUGGCAAUAAAGUAUCGACUGGAGGCGGAGGUGGGUUAGGUUUGGGUAGCAAUCUUGGUGGAAUCCCUACUGAAGAAUCCAAUGGUAACAUGGCGUUAGAAGAGCGACAAUUGCUGAGUCGUUAUGGUGUUUGGUUAAUCACUAGUCUUUGUAUGCCAAUUGAAGAUACUCCUGAUGAUGUUUUGGGUCGACUGUUGAGCAUUUUAUUUCAAUGGUUUCAUUAUACUGCUUGUCUUCCUGAUGAUCAGGCGGGCUCAGCACUGGAACGGUUGAAAGGUGAAUGUAUCCAUGGAUGGCUGAUGAAAGUUGUUAAAACUCAUUUCCAUGUAUUUUCUAACUGUUUACUUCCCCAUCCUGCUGAUUAUGCCAAAGUUGGUGGCCAUUGGGAUUGUUGGCCUUCCCAAACCAAUCAAAUAAAGGAAGGUUUCAAGAGACUUUUGUGUUUAGUACCUUAUGAUGUUAUUACACCCGAAAUUUGGAGUUAUAUAAUGCCUUAUUGGAUGGAAUGUUUUCGCCAUGAAGUGCCCGAUGAUGAGCUUGCUGAGUUGAAAAUAUUGUUAAGUAAAGUUUUAGACCCUGAUCUUAGUCCACUGGGUCUUAGUCCAAACCAAAUGUACCAAUUCAUUAGUGUCAAAUUUAAUAACACUGUUGCUCAGGUCCAAGAGCAAGCUCUUUAUUGGAUUCAGAAACUGACCAUGUUGGAAGUUCCAGUUCCACUGAAAUUACUUCUCUCAAUGUUCGAUUCAGGAGUCAAGUCUUUAUCUAAUCCUGAUCGAGCCAAAGUGCCUUUCUCAUCCAUUUACAAAGUCUCAACUCAUCCAAUGCCAAAUCCAAGUGAACGAUUGAAAGAUGCUCGACUAGGAGUGAGUGGUCAACAACCAGGUUCUGCUCAAACACCUACCAGUACUGCUCCGGAUGAAUCUGGUGAAUCGAGUGAAUUACAUCCCGUAAACGAUGAUAAACUUAAUUUAACGUGUUUUAUUUUAAUGUUGGAUAUUCUUAUCAAGCAAAUGGAGCUUCAAGAUACACCUUCACAUAAAGGUCUUGAGAAUCGCGAUGCUGAACCAGUUUUAAUAUUGCUGUUGGAUAUUUUAUUGGCUCCUUGGCCAGGAGUUCAUAGUUGUGACCAGGAAGAUGAUUAUCGUCACACAACUGAUAAAGAAGACGCACAAUCAGUUCAAUGCGAAUACUGUGAAAUGAUUGCAAUCUGGUAUCAACUCGGGUUACUUUUAAUGGAAUACUUUUGUCCCGUUAUGGAGGCAACAAUGAUUGACAUACCUUUCGAACCUACUAGACCAGUUGAAAUUUUAACCGAAACUAAAACUGAUGCAAAGGAAAACGAAUCAAAUUUGAUUAACUCAGACUUGAAAACAACAUCAACCGAAGCCCCAUUAGCACCAUCUAAGACAGCAACUAUCGAAGUAUUUUCAGACUCUAGUGGCCAAAAAUUACAAGAGAUUGAAUCUGGAUCGGUUAUAACCUCAAGAGUUAUACCAACUGCAACCGGUGAUGACUCCAGCUUCAUAUCAGGCCAGUAUCAAAUGACUUCUGCAAAUGUAAUGAACGAAACGAACACAUCUGAACCAGAAAAAUCAACAAUAAUUGAUCAACGCAGUGGAGGCUGUUUUUGGUUUACAACUCAAGGAAAAUUCAAGUUUAAACUGGAAGAACUGCCGAUCCAAUUGCGACUCCUUCAUAUAUUACUCAACAAGUUGUCCACAUCAUCUGAUGCCGAUGUUUUAUAUCACAUUAUUUACAUUCUUAAAUUAAUGGCUUUACAUUCGGAAAUACUCAACAAGGCAGCCAAAAAUCACAGAGGAUUCCUCAUUUGGUGUCAAGAAAAUCUUCUUAUUCCAAAUCUUUGGUCUCUUCUCCAAGCAGAGUUCAGUCAAAUUUCCCAACUAUCAGUCCCUUUAUUGCUCCACUGUAUAACCUUGCCUGCUGGUCGAGAUACAUUUUUAAGAUUAGUCGAAGAAGAUUUUCACGACAGAGAUUGGCGAAAGCGUUUCACUGCUGUUGAACGAGUAACAACGAUUGCUCAUUUUCUUGAAAGCUCACUAGUCAAAAAUUCACCGGCUUUACAGGCUUCCCUGACCAAUGCAAUUUGUUAUCUUGUCCAUUGUUUGGAUGAUAUUGAAUCGACCGUUGCUCAACGAGCUCUUCUCAAUUUAGAGUCAAUCAAGACGACUUCGCUUAAACUUCUUGUUUGGUGUCUUGAAGCUCAAUUUGAUUUGGUUCUAAUAGAUCGUCCCAUCAUCCUUCAGACAAUCUUCCAACUGUACAACCAUCUUUCAGAUCGACGUUUUCUUACCUGGGAUUUUUUUCUAAAUCGAUUUGAUACUCUUUUCUUGGAGGCACAAGUAAACCUUGAACGACUCGGUGAAAUAAGUUACACUCGAGAUUUGAAAAACACCAAUGUUAACUCUGAAAUGUACCAAAAGAAGUUGACUCGAGCUCAUGAAGCUCUAUCUCAAACUCAUCUUGCUCGUUCCCUUUCCAUUUCUUUCGGCAAUAAACUUGGCAAUCCUAAACGUACUACACCAAUUGUCGAUUUUUUGGCCAAACAGGUUGAUAAAAAUGUUCCUCGACAACCUGCAGCACCAGCUAUUCGUAGAAAAUCUUCAAGGUUCACUGGAAACUCUGCUAUUCCCGAUAAAUUUCGCCAUCUUCCCAACAAUUUUUUCACCGAUAACCAGUUGAAGGAAAUAGCUCAAGAAGAGAAUCAUAUUAUGCAUGUUGUUCAUAAAAUUGUUGAACUCGAAGAGCAAGAUAGAGAUACCAUGCACUCGCUGAUAUUUCUUUUGAUGCAAUUUCUUUCUCGUCCUGACCAUUCGCAUCCUCAAGAGGAAAAAACGAUGGCUCGUAAUCAACAGAUCGUUCUUCGUCAUUUAAAUAUCCUCCUUGGCUUUUCACCCAGUGAGAAACAGUUUCUGGUUACUGCAGCAAAUUUGCGAACCUUUCCCGUGUUCAAUGCUGUUAUUGCUUCCAUGCCAAAAGUGUUAGAUUUUAAUUUUAAAAUGGGAAAUAUGCUUUUAAGUACUUUUCUGCCGCUGCUUAUUUUUUGUCCUUCUUCUCAAAAAUACGUUGCUGAUUUAAUGGUUAAACCGGCAUACUCGUUAUGGCUACUUCAACCUCAUGUUCGACAAUCUUGGCUAAUGUCAGUUUUAAUCGUUCUUUACAAGUAUACUUAUAAUACAUUGCCAGUUUCAAAGCAUAUUCAGGCACUGAUAAAUAUUGUUAUGAACACACUUGAAGCUCAGUUUCAUCGAUGUCGUACUAACAGAGAUCAUUUCAGUCCCGUUCCAUCUCGAUCAAGAGAUAUGAGUGCUACUUCAAUGGAGAUGGAAGACCAAGUAGAGCCAGAAAUGGAACCACUUUUUCGAUCCGAAGAGAGUGCAGUUCCUAUUUUCACUACAGGAUCGAGUGAAGAGUCCAUUGAAGGAGAUGGAGAGGGAGAACCAGAACUUGAAGUUAUACUUGAAAGUCCUAAAUCGGAAGAAUUCGACGAUUCUGAAGCUGCAAGUUUAUCUGCAGAUGGGACUCUCGAGAAUAGUAAAGGGAUUGAAAAUAAUUCAUUCACAGUUGUUCAGAAAGACGAUUCUAUAGCUAUUUCGAUCGUACCUAAAGAUGAUGAUCAGCUUAACGAAGUGUCAACGAAUCUACCAGAUCUUGUUAAUCCUUCAGAUAAUGCUGUUAACGAAUCAGAACAACAACAAACUCAUGAAACAGAGAUGGUUGUUUUGCCUGUUGAAAAGCAAGAAAUGGAGGACGAAGACAGUGUCUCUACAAACCAAUCCAGAUCACGACCUCUUUCACCCAAGACUGAUAAACUAAGCAGAGGUUACUCAGCUGAAGGGUCCAGCAGACUGAAGCGAACUGACUCAACUUAUGAUAGUGAGACCAGUGAAUCGAAAGAGCUUGAAAUCACAAUUGACGCAGAUCCUCGUCAUCCAUUUUCAAUUACAGAGAAGGUUACGAGUGAAGAAAAGCGUCGAACUAAGCAGGGUAUCGGUAAAAUUUUAAAAACUUUUACCGAAGAAUCUAAACCGUCCGAUCAAGCUCAAGCAAAUUCAGAGCAAAAAGCCAAUAAAAAAUCUCCCGAAGCAUGGAAACUGUUGGAUGAACCUCCCGGAGCCCCAAUACUUCCCUUGAAACCAGCUCCAGAGCGUUUAUUACCAAUUGGACCGACUGUGCGUUUACCAAAGAAGCCGGGAUCACCAUUUUUUAAUCAAUCCAAUCAAUCUUCCUUCUCUUAUGCACCUUCGCAAUUCGCUCAUUCACAUCAGCUUCCACAAUCUGUUCAACCAUCUCAAUCCAGUUUACCAGCUCAAAGUUCAUCACUCUCUCAUGUCUCAGCCUCAUCGACGAAAUAUAAUCAAAUGUCUGAACUGCCUCAACUACCAAUACCUCCAACUGAACGGCUACUUCCAAUCGGUCCAAAUCCUCCCUUUAAAAGUCCACAUUCUGGUGGAAGAAGAUUUUUUUCUCCUCCAAGAUCUACUCAAGUUGAAGAGAAACCAACUAGUAAUCAAUCAAAUAUUGUACCAGUUACCGAACUCAAAUCAAUAGAUGUAGUUACGAUAUCAGAUUCAAGUCAGAAACAUUUACGGGAAUCUUCACCUUCUCCUUCACACACUAAAACAGUUAAGGUCGAUAGCCUUCCAGAAACGCAUCGCGAUUCAAAUAUGGAAUCAGAUGAAAAAUCAACAAAUGUGCGAAAAGCCAGUUCUAAAUUAGCCAAAGAUUUAUCCAUUGAAAUCAACGACGAACCAUCAGCUGUAAAAAUACCUCGGGAAACUGAAAAUAGUGAGACCAAAGGUACUAAAAUUGAUUCAUCAAAUAAGCCACGUCGAAGCUUAUCAACUUCAGAAAAGCCUAAAUCUUUGCCAAUUGAGUCAAGUAACGAAAAUAAAACGACAGAAAUAAAUGUUAAUGGGAAAAGUGAAAAGUUUGUGAGAGCACCUCAUAUCCAAUCAAUAGCGAAAAGCUCACUCGAUCAAAGUAUUUCUAUCGAUAUCCCUGAAAAUGAUUUCAUUGAUAAUAAGAAUAUUUCAAUGCCAUCAGAUCAACAAGACAAGACAAUACUACCACAAGUAUAUCGACUGUAACAAUGACGAGUCCUACGGCCACAAUUACUACCGUCACCCCCAACUACAACAGUUACGACCACUGCUGGCGAAGAACAGAAAACACCUCGACCUUUAUUCAAGCCUAAGCGUAAACGUCGACCUACUGGUGGACAGAAUGAGACACGAACAGCAGAUCUGAGGAGCAAUGUUCCGAUCGGAGUGGCGGCAGGAGUCCAGAGACGAGCUCGUAAAAUUGAUGUUUCAUCUAAUAGUAAUACUGGGCUACCAUCUAAGAGAUCAAGUACAUCUCAAUCAUCUUUAGCCAUACCUGAAGACACGGUCAAUGAAAGGUGUUCCUCUUGUGGCGCAGUGUUGGAAGAGUUUUCUGAAGAUGAAAUUGGAAUGUGUAUCGUCAUCUUGGGCAGCUAUAUUCAUCGUGAACCUGCUAUGUCUGCACCAUUGCUUCCUGAAAUGCUUAAAUUGAUAUCAAAAUUUGCUCUUCAUGUACCUUAUCCUUGGCAACAUGAAAGUCAAAAUGUUCAUUUACCUGGAUGUGCUCGAACAAUCGCUCAACAAUUUUUCAGAUGUACCCUCCAACAAUUAGCUUCCAAUGGCAUUUUCCAACAAAUAUUCAACUCUCAUUUUCCCGAUUCAGAGUUUUUUAAGGCUAUGGCAACAUCGCUUACUGAUUUUAUGGAUACGAAUCAGAUCACACCUUUGACCAAACUCUUAGAGGGAUUCAAUGAAAAGAAAUCCCUUCCAGCCAAAACACAGUUAUUUCAUGUUUUAUCCAAUGCUGCUCAUUACAUGGAAUGUGUUCCUCUGGAAAUGGUUUCUCAACAAGCUUGGAACACCUUUUUACCGAUUUUCGAUACUUUCCUUCGUAAAAUGGAGUCAAUUUUCCCGUCAGUUGCUGGUGAAGUUUGUGACUUGACUCCAGUCAUUAGGAUGAUGCUAAUAACUUUAAAACUUCCCGUAUUGAAUAAUCAUCGAUCCAUCUUAGAACCUUAUUCCAAGUUUGUCAGUCAAGCUAUUCAACGAAGUCCUUUAAGUUAUCAACAGCUUCUAGAGUUAUGUCAUUAUUCAGGUCGCAUUUUCUCAAAAGAUAGAGAUCGUUAUUUUAUCACUCGCACAAUCGUCAGUGAAUUGAUUAGCGCAAUUCGCUUCAAAACAUUUGUUCCAGAUGAAAAUUUAAUGAUGUUGGUUCAAUUCGUUCUUCAAGAUCUAGAUGGAACUUUAGUUUAUUCAGUAGUCACCGAACAUCUCAAACCAAAUUCUGACCCUUCUAUUGAACAACACAAUACCAAUGCUUGUGAAUUCAUAAAACCAUACGUUAAUGACAUCUCUGAAUUCAUAACUGAUGUCCACACUCUCAGUCGAGUCAAGAGUACAUUUCUUGGAACUUGUAUCCAUCUGAAUGAAGAGACAAUCGGAGGUCAUUUAAAAGCUGGCUUAUCUCAAAUAUUAGCGCUUGAGAUCACUAAAAGUAACGGUCGAGAUCAUCGCGCUGUAACACGCUAUUUACCUUGGUUAUACAGUUUACCUUCUGUCCAACAAGGACCCAAAGAAUUCCUCGAUUGUGUCGCUCAUAUUCGAAUAUUAUCUUGGAUUUUGCUUGGAUCAUUACAGCAUUCAGCUUUAAUGCAACAUCAUCCCAGUUACAGUUUAUCUCAACCCAUUCCUUUAGAAGCUAAUGGUCACAUUGCUGAGCAUAUCCAGGUUAUUCUAGCUGGCUUUGCUGAACAGUCCAAAGCUUCUGUAAUUCACAUGUCCAGUUUAUUUCAUGCCUUCAUUUUAUGCCAAUUAUGGACCAUGUACUGUGAAAAUAUAUCUGCACAAAAUCCUCCCGGUAGUGAACAAUACCAACAAUGUACACUUACAUUAUCCGAUUUUUGGGCAAAAAUAACUCCAGGAAUUUUACAAUUAGUUUGCCAUUCAAAAGUGGAUGAACCACCUCAGUUGGCUGAAAUGGUAUCUUUACAUUUCCUCAGCUUGAUCGAAGCUCUCAUGGAGUGUAAUUCAAAUAUACUUGCUAGAUUGCUUCCAAUGUGGGUUCCUGUUUUUAGAAGCUACGAAGGUCAACUCUCUGGACAUUUAAAAGUUCGUCUUCAAACUUGUAUCAAUUGGCAGCCACCACCACAAAUGAGACAAGACUCUGUAACCAAUAAAUCAUAUCCAAGUCCGAUGCUUCGUUGGUUACAAAAGUUGCAAUUUAAAAUGGGACAAAUUGAAAAUCAAUCAUCAACAGCAAUCCAAUUUUAUUGCAUGUAAAAUUGACUCUGAAAUGAAUUAUUCCUUCUAGUCAAUAAAACGAUCCAAACAACGCACAAUUUAAAUGAAUGAACAGUGAUCUUUUAGAUAUUAAACAACACACAGUUGUACAUGUAACAUUUAACUUAAAUUGUAUAACUUUCGAUGAGAUUGCAAGAGCAAUUAAAACAGUAAAUAAAGCUGACUUCAUUUUCAA